GAAAGUAUGUUACUAUGCGAGAGUACUUUUCAUAUAGAUUUCAGGAUCGCAUGGUUGAGACCCCAUAUAUAUUGCGAACAAAGAGAUUGUUCCAACAACUCUUGGUUGACGGUUAUACGAUGAUUGAGUCAUGCCGCUUGCAGUAUAUCAGACAACAUCAAAAGGAGCUACGGAGUGAUCUGUAUAGUGGAUUGGCAGAUGCUGUUGGACGAGGAGAGACAAAUGCAUCGAGGACAGGUCAACUCAUUGUUCUUCCGAAUUCAUUUACUGGGAGUGCACGUUACAUGCUGCAGAAUUAUCAAGAUGCUAUGGCUAUAUGCAGAUGGGCUGGAUAUCCACAACUGUUUAUUACAUUCACAUGUAACCCAAAGUGGCCCGAAAUUCUCAGUUUUGUGGAACCAAGAGGACUGAGUCCUGAUGAUAGACCUGAUAUACUUUCUAGGAUAUUCAAAAUGAAACUCGAUCUACUCAUCAAGGAUUUGAAACAAAAUAAGAUGUUUGGCAACGUGCGGGCAGUUGUCUACACCGUAGAGUUUCAAAAACGUGGAUUGCCGCAUGCUCAUAUCGUUCUAUGGAUUUCACAAAGACAGAGGAAUGUAUUUUCCGCAGAUAUAGACAGAAUAAUAUCUGCAGAGAUACCUGAUGAAAACUCUGAUCCCUCUUACUAUAAUGUAGUCAAAGAAUUGAUGAUUCAUGGGCCAUGUGGGCAGAUGAACAUGUCUUCACCGUGUAUGGAUAAAGGGCAUUGCACAAAGCAUUUUCCUAAAAAAUUCUCCCAACGGACGACCAUUGACAAGAGUGGUUACCCAAAAUACAGGAGGAGAAACAAUGGAAGGUCUGUUGAGAAAAAUGGUCAUCUUAUGGACAAUAGAUAUGUUAUCCCACAUAAUCGUACUUUGCUUCUUAAGUAUGGAGCACACAUCAAUGUGGAGUGGUGUAAUCAAUCACGGUCAGUGAAGUAUCUUUUCAAAUAUAUAAAUAAAGGGGAUGAUCGGAUAACUGUUGCAUUUUCAGAAGCUACUGACAGCACCAAACCACAAAAGAUCGAUGAGAUCAAGAUGUAUUAUGACUGUCGAUACAUCUCUGCUUGUGAGGCUGCAUGGAGAAUUUUUUCAUACCAUAUCCAUUACAGGGAUGUUCCCGUUGAGCGGUUAAGCUUUCAUCUACCAGGAGAGCAAAAUGUAUACUACAAACCUGAUGCAUCCAUUGAGUCAGUACUCAGUAACACCACUCUUCACUCUACGAAGUUUAUAGCUUGGAUGAGAGCAAACCAACUUUAUGAGGAGGCUAGGGAGUUGACAUACAUUGACUUUCCAUCUAAGUUCACAUGGAACAAAAAGAAAAGGGAGUGGUCACCGCGUAAAAAGGGGUUUGCGGUUGGGCGUGUGUUCUUUGUGCGUCCCGGAGCAGGUGAGAAGUACUACUUGAGAGUUCUGCUGAAUGUAGUAAAAGGGCCAAGAAAUUUUGAAGAGUUGCGAACUGUUGAUGGAAAGAUAUAUGACACAUUUAGGGAUGCCUGUUAUGCUCGCGGGUUACAGGGAGAUGACAAGGAGUACAUAGAUGGCAUUACAGAGUCAAGUCAUUCAGCAAUGGCGCGAUGGCUGCGUCAUUUGUUUGUUACUCUUCUAUUGCAGGGAUCGAUGACUAAGCCUCAAUCGGUUUGGGAAAAGUGUUGGGAGUAUUUGUCAGAAGACAUAUUAUACAAUGUGAGGAAGAACCUUCAUGAUCAAGAGUUGGAACUAGACAAAGAAGAAAUUCAGAAGUACUGUUUAGUGGAGAUUGAGAAGCUUCUCCAGCAAAGAGGAAAAUCACUGCGUGACUACGUCGGAAUGCCAGUGCCCCCCGAUUCUUAUAUCCCCUCCAUGGAGGACAUUCUCAUUCAUGAAGAAUUGAAGUACGAUAAGUGUGUGAUGGCUGAAGAACAUUGAUAAGUCCGUAUUUUGACACGUAUUUGAUGCGUGUUGAGAUCGGCUUUUGAUGAUUUUCCUAGUUUUAAGGUGUUACAAGUCUCAAUUUUAGCUCAAGUUAUGUUUACCGGGUGUUGGUUCGAGUUUUGUGUUGUUUGUAGUCAAAAUCAGGGAAUUUGAGCCCGGCACCGGCACUUGAGGAACAAUCGGGAUGAUUUGAGAAGCAUUUGAGAAUGAUUUGAUAGCUUUGGAGGUCACCGGAAGAUUCACGAUGAAGAUUUGAAGGAAAAAGAGCUCUAGGACUGGCUUCGGGAUCAAAAGAAGAUGAAUGAAGCUUGAAAACGACGAUCAGGAUGACCUUCUGUCAAUCGUUCAAGCAUAUCUCUUUGUAGAAACAUCCAAUGUACACGAUUCAAGUUCCAUAAGAAAGCCAACUUCAAGGGCUACAAAUCAUAUGAAGACACCUUUGCGAGAAUAUGAGAGUAAGAAGGUGAAAACAGACGAUGAAGUCAGAUGAUCUCUGCUGCGAUUUCAGAAAGACACCUUCCACCGUUUUGAUCAUAUCUCUUGAUUGGAUGAUUCAAAUCACAAUCGGCAAAUUGGGGUGGAUAGAGGACUUCAUUAUCUACAACUUUCAUGAAGGAAGUUUCGUCAAAUUCGGAAGUUAAGUAGGCACGAUCGUGACCUCAAAGUCAGACACGAUCGUGCGUGAAGAGAAAACACGGAGGAGUUACUGCCAGCCAGGCACGAUCGUGCCUGGAGGGAGGCACGAUCGUGCCUGCCCAAAAUGCGCGUUUUUGCUCCGGAGGCACGAUCGAAGGCACGAUCGUGCCUGACAUCGUGUCUGGCUCCGAAAAUCCUAAUUCAGCUCAAAUUUCACCCGAUUUUUCUAUUUAAACAGCCUGUAAACCCCCGUUUUCAAGGGGGGAGCUUAGAGAGAGUGCCUAGCACGAAUUUUAGAGGGCUUUUCAGCCUUGUUC